CCCGGAGGCUGGCGGGAAGUAGGCGGGGUGACGUGGGGUUGACGAGCUCCGCGGCGGGUUUGCUGAGAUCAGUGGCCGGCGGCAGCGGGUACCAGGGGCGGCCGGAGCCGGAGGUGGAGAGGGGCGGUGUGUGGCCGGGGCCAUGACGGGCAAUGCCGGGGAGUGGUGCCUCAUGGAAAGCGACCCCGGGGUCUUCACCGAGCUCAUUAAAGGAUUCGGUUGCCGAGGAGCCCAAGUAGAAGAAAUAUGGAGUUUAGAGCCUGAGAAUUUUGAAAAAUUAAAGCCAGUUCAUGGGUUAAUUUUUCUUUUCAAGUGGCAGCCAGGAGAAGAACCAGCAGGCUCUGUGGUUCAGGACUCCAGACUUGACACGAUAUUUUUUGCCAAGCAGGUAAUUAAUAACGCUUGUGCUACUCAAGCCAUAGUAAGUGUGUUAUUGAACUGUACCCAUCAAGAUGUCCAUUUAGGAGAGACUUUAUCAGAGUUUAAAGAAUUUUCACAAAGUUUUGAUGCAGCUAUGAAAGGUUUGGCACUGAGCAAUUCAGAUGUGAUCCGACAAGUACACAACAGCUUCGCCAGACAGCAAAUGUUUGAAUUUGAUGCAAAGACGACAGCAAAAGAAGAAGAUGCUUUUCACUUUGUCAGUUAUGUUCCUGUUAAUGGAAGAUUGUAUGAAUUAGACGGAUUGAGAGAAGGACCAAUUGAUUUAGGUGCAUGCACUCAAGAUGAUUGGAUCAGCGCUGUGAGGCCAGUCAUAGAAAAGAGGAUACAAAAGUACAGUGAAGGUGAAAUUCGAUUUAACUUAAUGGCCAUUGUGUCUGACAGAAAGAUGGUAUAUGAACAGAAAAUAGCAGAGUUGCAGAGGCAGCUUGCCGAGGAACCCAUGGAUACAGAUCAGGGUAAUAUGUUAAGUGCUAUUCAGUCAGAGGUUGCCAAAAAUCAGAUGCUUAUUGAAGAAGAAGUACAGAAAUUAAAAAGAUAUAAGAUUGAAAAUAUCAGAAGGAAGCAUAAUUACCUGCCCUUCAUUAUGGAAUUAUUAAAGACUUUGGCAGAGCAUCAGCAGUUAAUACCACUUGUAGAAAAGGCAAAAGAAAAACAGAAUGCAAAGAAAGCACAGGAAACCAAAUAAAGAAGCUGCUUUGGGAUGUGUUCACAUUUCUGCUUCUGCACCUAUUUUCAUGGAAACAUUAAGUAUAAAGAACUUUGAGCAACACCCUAAGUGACUCAGUGCACGUUUGGCAGUAGUACCAGUCUGUCUUGUCUUUAAUGCAUGGAUUCAUAAACUUUUUCCCUACCUGCAUCAUGUGCAUGUAGUGCAUCUUAAAUAAAAGCGAUAUGAAGAGUGCUUUCCCAAAUUCCAUUAUUCGACAAUGGAUCUGAGAACUUCGGUUGGUUCUCUGGGUGUACAACUACCGUAAUGAACCUAGAAAAUGCACAAAUGAUAUUCUCUAUAAUUGUUAUAAUUAAUCUUUCGAUCUUUUAGCUCAGUUAAAUGUUUAAAAUUUAUAAAUGUCAGAUCUUGAUUAAACUGGAUCUCUUGUUCUCAUUAAUGGAAAAAAAAAAUCAGUAUUUCUGUCUUUGAUAUCUAAAUAUUUUGAGGAUUUAAAAACUGAAUUUUAUCUCUUUUACCAAUUACUUGAAAAAAAUAUGAUUUUACUGCAGAUCAUUUGAAAAGGACAAAAGUACAGUUUCUAGUGAUUUUCAUUGCUGCCAGUCGAAAAAGUAAUAAACAUCUCAAUUUUAUUUUCGCAAACUUUC